AUGAUUAACAAGCCAGCAGACGACUUCGCAGAUAUCGACCUGGAGGAUGAUCCGGAGUCGCUUGCGUUCCAUCACAUUGGGCCGUUGCCAGUCAAAGAGCCUCGCAAUAGAGACUGGAAGGAGAUCGUAAAGCUUCUGGAUACAGGUGAAGAGACUUGGGAGGCCUUGGGGAACUCAGACAAAUUGGCGCUGGCGUAUCGAGAUUCCUUGAAUGCAAGACCGACAUUUCUCCAUAAAAUGGCCGAGAACUGGGCAAGCGGCGAGUUCAGAGAGCUUUCGAUGGAGGUCCGGCGACAGAUCGUCCUAUUUCUGUUGGACCAGUGUAUGCCACACAAGGAUGGGCAAGACGAUCCAAUCCUCACGGUCGCAAUGAACUAUAACACGGCCGAUUUCAUCCAGCUCAUCAUUGCCCAUCGUCCAAAGUUACUCCCAAGCCUCUUGAUGGCCAUGAACGUGAAAAAGAUGAAUUGUCUUCACACAGCGUUCAAGGACACAUUGAUCGGAAUAUUGAGGAUGCUGACUUUGACCGAGAAGAGACGCGCGCUCCUGAUAUCCACGAUGCGAACAAUCACAAUGUUGCUAGAAUAUGCAGAUAUCGCUACCAUAACUGCGAAGGAUGCUGAUGGCAACACGCCUAUCCACUAUGCCAUGGAUUACAGGCUCUGCCAUAUCAUCACGGAGUACACGCACGACGGGCGGGACCAGAAAUAUGAAGACAUCAUAAGAUCGUUGCUGAAUAAGGCAGAGUCUGCAAUGAAGAAGCCGGACGUCCUGUUCAAUGCUCGACAUUAUUCUCCGUAUCGCUUCUACUUCUAUGUCAAGGCGGGAAUCGCGAGCAAGAGCCGCAAAGCGAACGCCUCGUCGCUCCCGCGGAAGGAAGUAACGGCGAAAGCGAAGGAAACCAUUGUAGAGGACCGCCGCGAGCCUAGAAGAAACGCCGCGAAACCGACAGCCGGGGAGCACCUGAGCCGGACAUUUUCUGGUGGGAAAGAAGAACCCCCGCAGCCUGCCUUUUCCGUCAAAACAAGUGCGCAUUUGAGCCCAAAACCUCUCCCAAGGCCUUUGCGGGAUCCACAAUAUCCCCCCGGAUCGUCGGUGGUCUCGUCGACUGGGAACAAGGAAACCGGCUUCGGCGAGCCAAACAGCGGUUCGCUGUCUCGGAGACCGACAGCUACCCCAGAUACACCAGUCGAGGAAGCCCAGUCGAAACCUGUAUCGGCUGCCCCAAAACAUACGGCUCCUGCAAAGCCAGAGCGCUCGAAAUCAGGGAGUACCUCACGUGCGCCAGCCUGGCCCGGAGGUGAAGAAGAGAAGCAAGCAGCAGCAAACAUCUUGGCCUUUGUGAAGUGUUUCUUCAUCCGCAAUAGCAGCGAUAGAGAUGCAAAAGAUCUAUUGUAUGGAAAGAUUGCGUCUGACAAGAAUCUCUUCUUUGACGCUAGCCAUCUGCGAGGGAAGCAUGUGGAUGAUGUUGUCCGCUUGAUCGAAAAGGUGUCAAAAGCUGGGGGUUUCGAAGACACUCUCUCAUACGUGCGGAUUCCCCAGCUGGCAUCCGAAGCGCAGAAUAUACUUCAAACCUCGAGACAGAAUGUCGCCAACGAGAGGAGACAAGUGAAGCGGAGUUCGAUGGACAGGGAACCUAAAGGCCGAGACACUCUUGUCAAAGUGUUUGACAAACUAGUCGCGGUGAAUGUUCGCAAGAUCCUACGGCUUCACGUCGAGGACAAUGCCGAUGAGUGGGCGCAUACAGAUAGCGCGAUCGAACAGGCCGUCAGAGGAUUUGCUCAGUAUUCCACCAGCGGAGAACGACGAGACCCGCUCGAUAUAGGCGAGUGGAAUUGGUGCAAGCCCGAUAUAAACCUGGAUGUAAUCAGGCACGCAGCGCCAUUGGUGGAACAUAUCCAUCUUCAUUGGAGUGGGAAUCAGACUGUGCUGUAUGGCUGGGCAAGCGCUGAGAAUGGGAUUCCGUUCAUGUGCAGGAACCCUAGGUCGCUGUUAUCCAAGGUGACAAUUCACGCAUACCAGGGACUGGAGAGUAAAGCGCGCAGGGAAGCCAUGUUGAAGAAUUUCAGCACUUUGCUAAAUGAGAGGACAAAUGGCGCGGUCAAGAUCGUCUCCAACCCAUUGUCGAGAAGCGCCGUUAACAGUGCAAAACCCGACCUCGAGCAAGAUAGACUGCUUGGGGAACAGUCCGAAAAGCCGCGAUCCGACGCAUGGAUCGAGGCGAUGGAAAGGUUUCGCAGGACGUUGAUGGGAAUGCACCGUGGUGGACUAUUGCGCGAACCCCGGCGAGUCAGGGUGGCAUUGAUCGAUGACGGGAUCGACCUCGACGACUUCAACACCUACGACAACACGACGCAAUACACCGGCGUGAGUUACUGCGAUGAAGACGCGUGGUGGAAAUCGACUGAAGGCCAUGGAACAAUAAUGGCCAACAUGAUUAGCCGCAUUAACCCGUGGGUCAAUCUCGAGGUGAUCAAGAUCCAGAGCAGACCAUCGUUCAUACAUGGCGCCGGGGCGCGGAGCAUCAGCCCUAAGAGCGCCGCGGACGCCAUCAACGCAGCGGUGAUGCGCAAAGCCGACGUUAUCUCCAUGUCAUGGUCCAUAACCGAUCUAGAAUACCGGAUGGCGUUGUUCUCAGAAAACAUGUCCGACGUUGAGGGCGAUAAGAAGCCGGCGGACCAAAGCGACCUGGAUCUACUGAAAACAGCAAUUAAGGACGCCGUCAAGGAUGACGAGCGACUUUUGAUCUGUUCCGCAGCAGACGACAUCCGACUGAUAGGAGACAACACCUACCCGUAUAACCAAGCGCCAGUGCAGAUCCUCCGCAUCGGGUCAACGGGGCCCCUCGCAAAUCGGGACCCGGGUUCAGGCAGCGAGAACUCCAUAUCCUAUUACUUGCCGGGCAAUCAGGUUGCUGAAGAACAGAGAGCUCACUCGGGCAAGCCAGUCGUCUACCACAGCGGAUCGUCCAUCUCAACGGCGCUUGCGACGGGUUUGGCGUCUUUGAUCAUGUACUGCUCUCACUGCCUCCACUCGUGCGGUGCCGGGGAUAAAUAUGAGGCCUGGGCACUUGCGCUGCGAGACCAUGCGAACUUGAGAAAAGCGUUCGACAAUAUCAACAAAUAUCACGCAUGGGAUCAGGAUAAGAAGGUGGUCCCGGUUUGGGGGAUUUUCGGCAACAAAGGAAGCCAGCUGGAGAAGGCGGGCAGUGGAGAGGACAAGAUCGAAGUGCUGAAGGACAUUGUAACAUAUUUAUGCCAUGAUGUAGAUCUGGACAAGAAGGGAAAGAAGGGAGAAGUCGCUGGAUGA